CCUUCAUUAGCCACACACACCGUUCCGAUUACUUAUUCACAACUGAAUCAUCUUCAUUGACGGCGCCACCACUUUUGGCGGCGUUUCCGUGUUCGCUGUUUUUUUGCACAAGCAACAUUUAGCUUCUGCAAACUCGAGUUUAUCUCCCCACCCUCAUAUCGCCGUGUUCUCUCGCUCGGACGAAACAAGAAACAAUCCGUUAAUCUAGAAGCGGCGUCGAAAAGAUGACGAUUACAUCAAAUAUCUCUGUACAGAACGACAACCUCGUUGUUCAAGGGAAGACUAUCCUUACCAAAAUCCCCGACAACAUUAUCCUAACUCCGGUUACUGGUAAUGGAUUCGUUUCCGGUGCAUUUAUAGGCGCGACGUUUGAACAAAGCAAGAGUCUUCAUGUGUUCCCCGUCGGUGUAUUGGAGGGUCUUCGAUUCAUGUGCUGUUUCCGGUUUAAACUAUGGUGGAUGACUCAGAGAAUGGGAAGCUGUGGAAAAGACAUUCCUUUGGAGACACAGUUCAUGCUACUGGAGAGCAAGGAUGAGGUUGAAGGAAAUGGGGAUGAUGCUCCGACUAUUUAUACCGUCUUUCUUCCUCUUCUUGAAGGCCAGUUCAGAGCUGUUCUCCAAGGAAAUGAGAAGAAUGAGAUAGAGAUUUGUCUUGAGAGCGGAGAUAAGGCGGUGGAAACUAGCCAGGGAACUCACCUUGUCUAUGUUCAUGCUGGAACCAAUCCCUUUGAAGUUAUCAGACAAUCCGUAAAGGCUGUGGAGAGACACAUGCAGACAUUUCAUCAUCGUGAGAAGAAGAAGCUUCCUUCUUUCCUUGACUGGUUUGGCUGGUGCACAUGGGACGCGUUCUACACAGAUGUGACUGCCGAAGGUGUUGAUGAAGGCCUUAAAAGUCUUUCUGGAGGAGGUACCCCUCCAAAGUUUCUGAUCAUAGACGAUGGUUGGCAACAAAUAGAAAACAAAGAGAAAGAUGAAAACUGCGUUGUUCAGGAAGGAGCACAGUUUGCUACUAGGCUUGUUGGUAUCAAGGAGAAUGCAAAAUUUCAGAAGAGCGAUCAGAAGGACACGCAAGUAUCAGGACUAAAGAGUGUAGUUGACAAUGCGAAGCAGCGCCAUAACGUGAAGCAAGUUUAUGCUUGGCAUGCUUUAGCUGGAUACUGGGGUGGAGUUAAACCCGCUGCUUCUGGGAUGGAACACUAUGAUAGUGCAUUAGCAUACCCAGUUCAGUCCCCAGGUGUCUUAGGGAACCAACCAGAUAUAGUAAUGGACAGCCUUGCUGUUCAUGGUCUUGGACUUGUCAACCCGAAGAAAGUUUUCAACUUCUACAACGAACUGCAUUCAUACUUGGCUUCAUGUGGUGUAGACGGAGUCAAAGUUGAUGUCCAGAACAUCAUUGAAACCCUCGGUGCUGGUCUUGGCGGGAGAGUCUCUCUCACUCGUAGCUACCAUCAAGCUUUAGAAGCUUCCAUUGCCCGGAACUUCACAGAUAAUGGUUGCAUAUCUUGCAUGUGUCACAACACAGACGGACUUUACAGCGCGAAACAAACCGCUAUUGUUAGAGCAUCCGAUGAUUUCUACCCAAGAGAUCCUGCUUCUCACACCAUCCACAUUGCAUCGGUUGCAUACAACAGCCUUUUCCUUGGAGAGUUCAUGCAACCUGACUGGGAUAUGUUCCAUAGUCUACACCCAACUGCAGAGUACCAUGCUGCAGCGCGUGCAGUGGGUGGAUGCGCAAUCUAUGUCAGUGAUAAGCCAGGAAACCACAACUUUGAUCUAUUGAGGAAGCUGGUCCUUCCCGAUGGUUCAGUUCUUCGUGCUAAGCUUCCGGGUAGGCCUACUCGUGACUGCUUAUUCGCUGAUCCAGCUAGAGAUGGAAUCAGCUUGCUCAAGAUCUGGAACAUGAAUAAGUUUACUGGUAUUGUCGGUGUGUUCAACUGUCAAGGUGCUGGUUGGUGCAAGGAAACGAAGAAGAACCAGAUCCAUGAUACUUCUCCUGGCACACUCACGGGUUCAGUCUGUGCGGAUGAUGCUGAUCAAAUCUCUCAAGUGGCUGGUGAAGAUUGGAGUGGAGAUUCAAUAGUCUAUGCUUACAGAUCAGGUGAGGUGGUAAGACUACCAAAAGGUGCUUCAAUUCCUCUCACCCUCAAAGUUCUUGAAUAUGAACUCUUCCACAUUUCUCCUCUGAAGGAAAUCACUGCAAACAUCUCGUUCGCACCAAUUGGACUGCUAGACAUGUUCAACUCAAGCGGGGCUAUCGAGUCGAUGGAUAUCAAUCCCGUGACAGACAAGAAACAUGAACUCUUCGAUGGAGAGGUCUCUUCAGCUUCUCCUGCGCUCAGCGAUAACCGUUCUCCAACAGCUCUGAUAUCUCUCAGUGUUAGAGGCUGUGGUCGUUUUGGAGCUUACUCUUCUCAGCGUCCAUUAAAAUGCGCCGUUGGAAGUACAGAGACUGAUUUCACAUACGAUGCCGAGGUUGGGCUUGUGACUUUGAAUCUGCCGGUGACAAGUGAGGAAAUGUUCAGAUGGCAUGUUGAGAUUCUGAUCUAGACCAAAAAGCUUCAGUGUAGUUUGGGCUAUUCUUUCACCAUUUUGUCAUUCAUCAUCAUUUUGUAGUAGUAUAAGGUAUCAAUAAAUUAGGAAAUACAUGGUUGUAGUAUCUUCUUGGCUUUGUAAUAAUGUAAUCUCGUUAAGUUGGGGAUCCACCGCCCCCUUGUAGUUUUGUUCUAAUAAUAUUCCUUUAAAAAAUAAUUUGCUCCUAAA